AAAUAUACUCAAAGUAAUGGCCGAAGACCAUUUGGUAUAUCAACGUUAAUUGUAGGUUUUGAUUAUGAUGGUACACCACAUUUAUAUCAGACAGAUCCUUCUGGUACUUAUCAUGAGUGGAAGGUAUGGCAUAGUGUUUUACUCGUGGGUGCGAUAGAUCUGUUUUGGGAGUACAGGGAAUUGACAUUAGAGGACAUGAUAAUUGGAAUUACUUUCUUUAUUUAUUACUCUGUUAGUUAAUACCUGUUAUACUUAUUGUGUAAAAUUAUGUUCAUCCAGGCCGGAGCAAUAGGCCGAAGUGCAAAGACUGUUUUAGAAUUCUUGGAGAAACAUUAUACCACAGAGUUAGUUGCAUCUAAUGAAGAAACUAUCAAAUUAGCGAUUAAAGCUUUGUUAGAAGUAAGUUCAAAAUAUUUUAAUUCACCAAUAAUUAACUAUGAUUACCAGAUUAAUAAUUAAGAUACAAGCUAUGCUGAUCGAUAACUUGUAUAUUGUGUUACUUUAGUUGUAAAUAAAUGGCAAUUUUUGUUUUUCUACUCUAGGUUGUUCAAUCUGGAGCAAAGAAUUUAGAACUAGCUAUUAUGAAAAGAAAUGAGCCAUUACGAGUUAGUAUAAGUAAAUUAUUGUCUUUGCCAAUUUUAGUUAGUUUCAGGCCAAAUUUACAAGGCAAUUUUUGCUGCACCUUGCAAGUCUUGCAACACAGUUUUGGAUAUAGAGCCAAGUGAUUUCAGAGCUACAGUAGGUAAUUGCAAAAAUUAAGAUGACCUUUAGAAAGAUGGAUCCAUCCUGAUAUAAAUUAGGCUAAGUGCCUAUAAUGCAAUUUAGAUUGAGUUUUUCAAGCUUGCAUAUUUUCAAUUUCAAAAUAUUAAAUACAAAUAUUUUUAAAAAUCUGUAGAUUCUGGAACAAGAUGAAGUUGAAAAGUUUGUGGAUGAGAUUGAAAAGGAAAAGGAAGCCGAAGCUGAGAGGAAAAAGCAAAAGAAAACUGGAGGAACGCCAUCAAAAUAG